UUGGUUUUGCACAUAUCUAAGUUGUGCGGAUGCUAAAAUUUUGCUGUUAGGAGGAACGGAACCUCUUCGUUUGCAAAAUUGUAGUGGUGGUGGAAUUACACACUGUUGAGAAACUAUAAGCAGCAAUAGUAGUUAAUAUAGAUUUGUCUCAAUAGAAUUUAGUUUUCUUAAAAAGUGACUCAAGAACUUGGUUUAGAAAAUGUCUGAGUUGCAAUCGUCUUUACUUUUAAAAAAACAAUUAGCAGAAUUGAAUAAGAAUCCCGUUGAAGGAUUUUCGGCAGGAUUGAUUGAUGAGAAUGACAUAUUUCGAUGGGAAGUUCUUAUAAUAGGACCUCCGGAUACACUUUAUGAAGGGGGCUUUUUCAAAGCACAUUUGUAUUUUCCGAAGGAAUACCCUCUACGCCCUCCUCGAAUGAAGUUUGUGACAGAAAUUUGGCAUCCCAACAUUGAAAAAAAUGGCGAUGUUUGCAUUUCCAUUUUACAUGAACCAGGUGAUGAUAAGUGGGGCUACGAAAAAGCGUCUGAACGCUGGUUGCCAGUACACACCGUUGAAACCAUUUUGAUAUCUGUGAUAUCAAUGCUGGCUGACCCCAACGACGAGUCUCCAGCUAAUGUCGAUGCUGCUAAAGAAUGGAGGGAGUCGUAUCCAGAGUUUAAAAGAAAAGUUGCCCGAUGCGUCAGAAAGAGCCAAGAAGAAUGUUCAUAGAGAUUUGCCGUUUUUUGUAUAUUUAUAAACAAUUUGGUACAUUAAAAUCAAUUAUUUAA